GUCAAGAGAUAAGGUUCUUCUUUUAUUUUACCUUUCUGAAUUGGAUUAAAAUACCUUUUUAUUCAAACAAAUUAUUUCUGUUAUCAAAAUAAGUGACUAUGAAAUUAAUUGUGAGAUUGUUUACAAUUGGGCUGCUUCUUAUCGCUAAGAAGUGUUUGUCACGAAGAUGUUCUGCAUCUUUACCUACUGUGCAAUCUGUAGAAUCCUGCCCGACUAAUGAACAAGACUGGAGAUAUAGAGAGAAAUUAAAGAACUGUAACGAUAAACAGCAAGAUUGUUCAUCAAAGAGACGCUUUACAUAUCAUUGCGCAGUCAAUGAAUGGGGAAAUGCUACUAUUGAGGUUUGCGCACCAAUGAAAAUUGUUUUUGGACAUUGUGUGGAGUUUAAUGUGAAAGGUGCCAGAAUCCAAUACAAUCGUCAGUCCUGCAGAGGUUUUACAGAGCCGUGUCCAGUUCACUAUGAUUCAACAGAUGUGUAUAAAUAUCCAGAAUGUUUUAAAAUUCAACAGCCUUUAAAGUCUUCGACUGAAAUUAAAAAUGGCGAUGAUGCAUCAAAAAAUAUGGCAGUUCACGUAAAACACCAUGUAAUAGAUUCUCCAGGAAGUAUAAAAACUGACGACGAAAAUAGAGAGUUGAACAAUGCAGUGAAAAUAUCGAAAAAUUUAGCAAAUAAUAAAUACUUACAGGUUUCAUCUUUCUACUCUUUGCUUUUUCUCGGCACAGUAGUGUAUGCUUUAGAACACUGUUGA